AAUGGUUGCCAUGGAAAACCCAACAAAUUUGAAGAAGCAGUUAGUGGUAGAAUUUGAUGGAGAGCAAGGUGUAGAUGAAGGAGGGGUGUCGAAGGAGUUCUUUCAACUGGUGGUUGAAGAAAUUUUUAAUCCUGAUUUUGCAAUGUUUACUCUCAAUCAGGAGACUGAGACGUAUUGGUUUAACCCCACAUCUUUUGAGAGUGAUGCACAGUUUACAUUGAUUGGAAUCAUCCUAGGACUAGCAAUAUACAAUAAUGUCAUACUUGAUGUGCAUUUUCCAAUGGUUUUGUACAGAAAACUGCUGGGGAGAAGAGGCUCCUUUCGUGAUUUGUACGGCUGGAAUCCAGGCUUAGCCAGAGGCUUACAGUACUUAUUAGAUUAUCAAAGUAGUGAUAUUGAGGAUGUCUUCAUGCAGUCAUUUCGAAUCACUUACCAGGAUGUAUUUGGCACUUUGCUAACUCAUGACCUAAAAGACAAUGGGGAAGAAAUUCUAGUCAAUCAAGAAAAUAAGCAGGUGUAGUAUAAUU